GUGGAAUCUUUUCGUUCUAUCGUUUUUAUAACAGGAAGCUCGAAGCCGGAGACGGUUGAUCAGGAUGCCAGAGGCAAUGGCGGACGGUGGGAGGAGGCUCGUGACGAUCGACGAUCUCAUCGAUGCCUUGGACAAGCGCGAGAGGGCGCCAAGCAAUGUCCCAAAGGUUGAGACAUUUCACUUCAAGGGGGAUCGGGUAUCUGAUUGGUUUGAUCUAACAGAGCAGGCGCUGGUGGGGCUGUCAGAUGAGGUCAAGCUCCAACGGGUCCUGAGGUACCAGGAGCGAUUAAGGGUGAUGUGCGAAGAGGCCCGGGAGUGGGAAAUGAACCUUCCUGAAGUAAUGCUCUAUGGGUCUGGCCCGGAGUCGUCAUCAGGACCGCAAGGGUGUCCAAGCGUGGCGACGGCUGGGGCAGGUCCUAGGUUAGGGAUGACCUUCAGACCCCCUACGUCGCAUGGAAGGGUGCCAAAGGCCGCGCAGACUAGGGGCCAAAGCAAUGCUACCGCUAGUCAAGGACCCAACCAGGCACCUGGCCAGGCGCCUCCUCGAAGGGAACCUGAGCCUGAACGAAGGAAAGAGGUGGUGGAGGUUCAGGAGGAGGAAGAGGAGGGUGAUGACGAAGAGGAUGAGAGGCUCUGGCAGGAGGAGGACCAGCGAGCCGAGCAGAGGGCCAAUAAGAGAGGAAUUCAGGGAGGGGCGGAGCCAAGCCUGCACGAUGGCGUGCCAAAAAGGAAGAAGUACGCAGUCCGGCUGGAGGAAGGUUUUGACGUGGAGCGAAUGGUGGAUAAGCUCCUGGAGGGCCACAACGAUUUGAUGAAUCUAAAAGACAUCCUGGCGUCGACACCGAGGCUCCGUGGCGAGCUGAAAGGGCGGCUCUCGCGGAGGCAUGAGGGGACGAUGAUCCUGGCUCUAUCCGAUCCGGCCUGCGGGAAUUACGAGAUUAUUAAGUGCCGGAACACAGGGCCUGGAAGUGCGAGGAACAGGCUCAACCUCGGCUCCUUCACCUUCGAAGAGUCCGAGUACGCGCGACGAAGACUCCGGGAGGAGCAAGAGGAGGAAGGAGCGGGUGAGGUAUUGUCCCUGAGCCUUAACGAUGUGAAUAAGGCAAUGGAGGUGGUGGCGGCGCAUGAUAUGGCGGACCCUGAAGCUAUAAAGGCAUUGAGGGAGCAGGCAGGGUCGUGCCGUAUUAAUGACGAGAACGAGGAGGGGUUGAUAAUUGGCGAGCCUGGCUUCCUUUCGCGCCAGGAGAGGACCUUGAUGGUGGAGACCAUGAAGAGGAGGCAUUGUGCGUAUGUGUUUAAUGAGGACAAGCGUGGGAGGUUAGAUGUGGAUAAGAUUCCAAUGAUACGAAUCCAUACCGUCCCGCAUGAGCCGUGGAACCUGAGGGGCGCGCGAUAUCCGAACCCGGUCGAGGAGAGGAAGGUGGUGGACUACCUGGACGGAAAGAUGCGAAUGUACGUGGCGGACUACUCUAGUGGACCGUAUGCUUCCCCUUGGUUUUGUUUUAUCAAGCCAAACGGGACGCUACGGUGGGUGCAGGACUUGCAGCGAUUGAAUGCAGUAACGGUGCGAGACGCGGGAGGUUUGCCGAACGUGGAUGCCUUGUCAGAGUCAUGCGCAGGAAGGCCUAUAAUCUCACUUAUAGACCUUUAUUCUAGGUAUGACCAGUUUCCUGUAUACCCGUCGGAUAGGUCAGUGACGACAAUGCAUACGCCAAGGGGGCUAAUCCAUCUGAAUGUGGCCCUUCAGGGAUGGACUAAUGCGGUGGCAAUGGUGCAAAGGCACAUGAUUAGGGUCAUGCAGACGGUUAGUCUACAUAUCACUCAGCCCUACAUUGACGAUUUGGCGGUCAAGGGUCCAAAGGAGAAGGAGGAAGACGAAGUGAUGCCAGGAGUGAGGCGGUUCGUCUGGAAGCACAUCCAGGAUAUUGAUCAGGUUCUGGGUCUGUUGGAAGAACACAACAUGACGGCAAGUGGCCCCAAGUCGAAGCAUUGUAUGAGGGAGGCCACGAUUCUGGGCUUUGUCUGCAACGAGAAAGGGCGGAGGCCAGAUGUGAAGAAGACGGACAAGAUCCUAGAGUGGCCAGUCCCCUUCCAGUCGAUAACGGACGUGAGGAGCUUCCUUGGGACCUGUGGGUUUUGGAGGAGUUUUGUGAAGGACUUCGCCACCAAGACGGAGCAUUUGAGGAAGCUGGUGCGUCAGGAUCAGGAAUGGGUCUGGGGCGAGGACCAGGAAAAGGUUGUGGAGAGGAUGAAGGGAGAGUGCAAGGAAGGAGACUUAGUGCUGGGAGCGCCAAAUUAUGAGUCUACGGAGGAAAAACCAUUUGUUGUCGAGACGGACGCUGGGUCAACUGCCUUGGGAGGGGUCCUGAUUCAGGCAGAUGCGGAUGGGAAGGAGAGGCCACUAAGGUCUGACUUUUCGAAAGCAGUCAUGCAGAGGGGUGGGAGGGACACACGGUCACGGCAGGGGCAGCAGGAGGGGACGACCGAGCAGCCGGAUCCGGUACGACCUCAGGGCGAGGAGGUGAUCACGGUUGGAGACGAUACCCCUCCAUGCUCCCCAGUUUCGGAGCCAACACAACAUUCAUGGUUUGAGGGGAUUCCUGAGCCAGGCAGCGAGGAGAUUCCGGAGUUUCCCCCUGAAGCCACGGCUAUGCCUGAGCAGGAGGCAGAGGCAGAGGGUCGUGGAGUGUGUGAGAGAGCGAGGGUGGAGGCGCCCCCUGACUUGCCAUCAGCCACUCAUGUGACCAAGAGCCCAGUUAUCGAGGAGCCUAUUCCAGCGGAGUUACUGCCAGCAGUGCCAUGCAUGAACAAGGGGAUGGGGGUUGAGGCGUCGACUCCGGAAGGCCAGGGGCCGCGAGUAAGAAGAACCCCAAGGGAGACCCGCAAAGAGAAGUCUGCCCGAGUGUGGGUCCGUCUGGAUGAGAUACACGCGAGGCAGACUGAGAUGGAGGCAGCAGGAAUAGAGCCAACACCGCCGGUCGAGCCCAAGACGAGUGAGCAGAGGAUCGACGAGUUGUGGGCCAGGUAUGAGAGCCAGAGGGAUGCAGCCCGCCAAAGGCCACGAGAGACGGGACAGGCGGACGAGGGGGCGGGUGAGCUGAGAGAGAUGGGGGACUUGGGGUUCUCCGCGACCAGGCAGGCGAUUGAGCACAUGGAUCGGAGGAUAUGCGAGACGGCAGUUACAUCCUUCCAGUGGUAUAAUUUACUAAGCAAUGAGCUCAGGGUCAGAGAGUUGGAGGUGGAGCACCUGACUACUCAGCUUGCCGAGGAGAGGGCAAGGAGCCAGGGCAGAGAGGUUGAGUGGGAGAGGAGAUUUGGGGAGAUGGCGGCCGCUGUGGAUAGGCUCUCAGCAGCCUGGGAGGCUAGCCAGACCGGGCGAGCCGAUGCCGAUGACCAGGGCCGAGGGAUGCAGGCUUCACCGAGUCAGGGAGCAGCAGUGGAGGUCCCUCGACAGGCCGAGCCAAUGGAGGGGGUGCCCUUGGACGCAGCCGAAGAGGAGGGUGGCGCACAAGAGUCGCUCAUUACCAUGUCCACGGAGAGGAGAGGUUCGUGUUUGCACGAGCUGGCGGCAUCCAUGGGGAUAGGCACGCCACAGGAGGGGCCUCAGAGACUCGGCGAUCCAGAGCAUGCCCCGAGGUUGGGAGAGUUGAGGGCGGAGCUGGGCUCCUGGGCCACGGAGAUGGACUCAGGAGGGCUUGACUCAGGGCAGCAGCAGCAGCAGGAGGUCAUGAGUGAGCCCACCGCCAUGGUGGGCUCUCCGCCAUCAGGAUCAUGCGGGGAUGAGGCGGUGGUUGUGAUAGAGAGGGCUCAUGAGGAGGGACCCCGAGAGUUGGAUACGCCAGGCUGCAGGCCUGUGAGCACAGUUGUACGAGGGGGUGAGGGUGUUGAGGCUAUGGAGCCUGAACCUCAGGGCCAUAUGGGAUUGCCCUCGUGUCAUGAGGUGACUACUGAGACCAUGGGGACGCCUUCGACAUCGAGUUCACAGGGGAGAAAGAAAAAGACUGCCAGGUGGCACGAUACCUCUUGCUUUUGGUGCAAGGAGGAAGGGCAUAGAGUCGUGGACUGCCCAGAGCUCCUCGAGGAUAAGGCCGAGGGACGAGUUGCGGAGUUCAACAGCAAGUUCUAUGACAAGCAGCGCAGGAUAGUAAAGCGAGCUCCAGACGGGGGCAGGGCUCAGUUGUAUAGGUAGAACCAGGAGGAAUUGUGUAAGUAGGGACUAGUCUGUCUAUGUGCCAGUAAGGACAGAG